GCCAUCGCCAUCGCCAUCGUCGUCAUCGUCGUCGUCGUGGUCGCAGUCGUUUUCACUUUGCAGUAGUGAGCCACAUACGUCUGUGUUCGCUUCAAGUAUAGCAAGAUCUUGGACGGGAGAAAGAAAACCAAUGUUAAUUGAAAAAUUGUGAUCUUGUUAAAGCUAAGAAGGCGAGUGGAGGUCAUCCUGCAUUUUGCAGCUCGAUACCACUGAGACCAUAACCUGGCAUGUUAAUUCUACACCGGGAAACGUCUUAUCAGAUCGGCGAUAGUGAAGAAAAGCGUGAUUAAAUAUAAGUAUUUCACUUAUCGACAGUGACAGAUAAGAGCUGAAUUAUGGUGAUACUACAAGAUAUCAAUUUAUUUUUUCAUUGGUUGAAGCAUGAAUGGCUCCAUUGGUGUGCGUGUCUUUCAACAGUGUGCGUACUAAUGUGAGGAGACAAUGCAAAAUGUGUAAAUUAAAUAUUCUUGAAUCAAGCACUUUGUUAUAUCAUAAUGGUGUAGGAGAGAAACGAAACAGAAUUAAAUAAGUAUCGGCCACAGAAUCAGCACAUUUAUGUACUGGCGUUUAAUAUAUAUUGUAGUAUGCUGAUUGCUAUCUCGCAAUAAGAAAAAGUGGACAAAUCAAAUGUGAUCUUAAGCAGUCUUUUUUCUCAAUACUGUGCACAGAAACACCUGAUCUCAGUUCUGAAUGGGCCUGCAAUAGUAAUGUGUCGCCAUCUUGCAUGUAUUUGAGUGAAUCUCUUCCAAUAGGAAUCAACCAGUCUGUUCUCGCAUGCUGCUGUCGUCACGAAUCUUUUUCGCGAGUGAAUUUUACAUCGGAAAACUACAAUUCUAGACGUGUGAAUUCGUGCAAGUGAUGGCAUAAAGUGUGAAUAUAGGAAAUUACAAACCAUCGCAUAGAAAACAUGUGAAUAGGGUGUUCAAAAUGAACGAAAAUUACGCGGCUGCUGCGGCCGCACAACAAUUGCCCAUUGAAAAACUUGUGCGUGUUGGAUAUUACGAACUGGAUAAAACCAUCGGAAAAGGCAACUUCGCUGUGGUGAAACUAGCCUCGAAUGUGAUCACAAACUCGAAGGUUGCAAUCAAAAUAAUCGAUAAAACAUGUCUCGACGAGGAGAACCUGGCGAAAACAUUUCGCGAAAUUUCAAUACUAAAGGUGUUACAUCAUCCGCACAUUACGCGACUGUACGAGGUCAUGGAAUCACGUAACAAAAUCUAUCUGGUAACGGAGCACGCCGCACGUGGGGAGAUAUUCGAUCACUUGGUUGCCAAUGGUCGCAUGAAGGAGGAGGAGGCGGCACGGAUUUUCUCGCAAAUUAUCUCUGCCGUCGAUUACUGUCACUGCAAAGGUAUCGUGCAUCGGGACUUAAAAGCAGAAAACGUUCUUCUGGACAAUGAGAUGAACGUUAAAUUAGCCGACUUCGGUUUUAGCAAUACAUUCUCCGAAGGAACUCCCUUGCGGACGUGGUGUGGGUCACCGCCGUAUGCGGCCCCGGAGGUUUUCCAAGGUGUGGAGUAUGAUGGUCCUAAAUCAGAUAUAUGGAGCCUUGGAGUCGUUCUAUAUGUGCUAGUAUGUGGUGCACUUCCGUUCGACGGUGCUACACUGCACGAUUUGCGUAGCGUCGUUGUGGCUGGCAAGUUUAGAAUUCCAUUUUUUAUGUCGCAAGAAUGUGAGCACCUGAUAAGGCACAUGCUGGUCGUCGAACCGGAGAAACGGUACACACUAAAACAGAUAGGAAAUCACAAAUGGUUAGAAAUGUACAACACUGUUCCAAUACUUGAAACCGGCUCGUACCAACAGGCCGAAAGCGCAAAUUUAGAUACAAUCGUUAUGACUCAUAUGCUUCAGCUUCCCGGCCUUACGGCCGACAUGAUCGCACAGUCAGUCCAUGAGAAUCGUUUCGAUCAUAUUUAUGCAAUUUAUUAUCUCCUUGUCGACAAGUUGAAGCAAAAGCGAAAAGAAAAAAGUCGUCUACAGCAUCACGCCAGUUUGGCGUACUCAAGGUCACGUAAAACUAGCAUCACAACCGGUGUUGUGGAUCGAACCGAAGUGAUCAAAAAUGAUUCGUUAGAACGGCUCAGCCCGCUGACUAGUACCGGGUCUCCGAUUCUGAAUAUGUCUACUGGAAUCGCUACCACAGAUGAGUUGGAAAAAUAUGAACUUGAUAAUGCAAACAUAGCGAGAACACCUGAAUCUACGGAUCAUCUAUUUCCGCCUACCUGUGCGAGUACUUCGGCCAACACGCGACGACACACUGUCGGUCCGGGUGAUGUUGCACACGAACAAGCAUUGGCCAAUCCAAAUGUACCCAUCAACUUUAAAGUGGGACCAGCGGAACAGAAUCCGCCAACGCAGAACGUUCCCAUCAACAUACCGAUGCUACAGAAUCAGCCAGUUCACAAUCUCACUAUCAAAGAUCAACAUUUGUUGAAACCGCCUAUGGUCAUGGGUGCAAGUGCAUUCGGCAGACGGGCCUCUGACGGCGGCGCUAAUUUGCACAUUUACUACCCAACGUCAACCAACUUUAACGAUCAACCGGCCGGUGACGUGAUAUACGGUACUCAGGCAGCACACGUCAUUAUACCUACGGUUGUUGACCAUCCGAUGCCGGCGGCACCGGGGAUCGAAGUGCCGGAUGAUUCCAGUGAUGAAAUUCAAAGAUACAUGCACGGGAGAGGUUGUGCCAAGCGCCACACCGUAGGAUGCACCGAAGAUUUGUCCAACAGCAAUGGAGCAACUAUGGAACCACCGCAAGCACAUUCCCCUGCACCGACUGCAACGGGAGCCUCCGGCGGAGGCCGCACACGAAGGACAGGCCUUCUAACGGUUAUGGAGAGACCACCAGUGAUUAGUCCUGAUUUAAUACGUGAAGUAGAGGCACGAAUGAACCGCAACUACCUACCUCCAUCGCUAAUGAGCACACCGCCAACGACGGCGCCAUUGCCAGCACAUAUGUCCGGAAUCGGCGUAAGCGGUCCCUCCACUGUUGCCCUGGGAGUUAUGCCAGGCAUACAAUCGGGUAGACCCAAUUCACUGACUCCACUGGUGGGAGCAUUCGGGCUACCGGCGGGACUAGAGCAAAAUCCUCCACCGCCAGCGCCUGGUCCUUCCUUGCAAUCUACCUCGGCACAGUCAAUUGCCACUUCCAAUGCACUGCAGAAUGUGUGUAGUAGACGCUUUGCUAGAACAUGUAAACUGCCCACAGUACAGGAGUUUGGUCGUUACAGUCCCGUCAGGAGAGCAUCGGAAGGCUCCAAAAUCAACACACAAUUCCAAGGACCAUUCCAAGAGUGCCAGCAGCUACAAAAGGGUCUCAAUGCUGGCACUCAGCAGCGAAAUUUGCUAAUCACACCAAGCCCCCCUCUAGCAGACAACUCGGUAAGCUUACCUGGGUCUCCAAUGCACUGCAAACCGUUCGAUGACAGAUCUCAGCAAGACAUACAACUGCCCCAGGACAUGGUGCUCUCGCUGAUACCUGGCCUGGAGAAGUUGGUGCUCGAGAAGCGCAUUCAAAUUGAGACCGCCAAGAAUAUCAUAAGCACACGAACGUUACCGUACGAAGUAAGGCAACAGUUGGGAUUGUUCGCUCAUUCGGUUGCUCCCGACCUAGGUUACACCUUACAGCAGCAGCAGCUGCAGCACAGUCAGAGCGUUUCUCCACUUACUGCACGACCGGCAACACUGCAGCCCAAUAAUCUCGCUGGCAGCAGUAUUGUAACACCGAACUAUGGUUAUUAUGGUGGUUUGCCUUAUUCCCCCUUUGGAAUGCCGGGAGUUUUUCCAGGAAUAAAUUUUGCUGGCAGCAACAGUAACAGUGGCUGUCCUUCUCCAGUAUACUACAGCGAAUGUCCGUCGCCUAUCUUACCUGGACCUUCCAGUACAACCGGUGGUGGUGCCUCACCUAUGCACCAGAUCACACAUGGUAUUAGUAUUAUUAACACUGGCAGCGCGACACCGUCGGCUGCUGGAGGGUCCAUUACUCGUGGAACGUCAGCAGCAUUUCCAGUGUCUUGCAAUGAACCGUUAGAUCUUAGUAUGGAUGUAGUCAAUAGUGUAGAGUUAGAUUUCCCACGAAAUAACUUCUCGAUGAAUGCUUCGAUUGCGGGAAGCUCACCACAUAACUAUUUCGACAUGAAGAACUUUAGCCUUAUGCCACCGCAACAAAUGCGCCUAACCGCGACACCCCCGACUUCACCGAAUCUAUGUAUCAUACAAGAGGAAAAUCAUACUGCCGCACCGUUCCAUGGGGGCGUACCGUACAAAAGCCAAUCGGCCGGCGGUUCACCGGAAGAUUUAAGCUUUCAGCACACCCAUCCACAAAUCUGUCUAACAGACGUUCAAGGAAGCGAGAUAACCCUGGUGGCACUGUCAGACUCAAGCCAUGAUAGCGACGAUUCGCUGAAUUGCCAAAGUUCAGGACUAGGAUUCCAGGGAUUGCUUAUAUCGGAACCUUCCAGCGAUAUGCCUUCUAUUACGCGUGGGGUUGGAAGGAAAGCUAGUCUCGAAGCCGAGAACAACUCAACGUCGACUUCAACAAAACUAGAAACGGACACUAGCGAAUCUUACGCGAGACGAGGUAGUGAUAAAUCUCUCGGUUUCAGCGACGAUAGUCUCAGUAACGAUUCGAACCAUUCGAAUCUCUCACCUAGUCAAGAACCGUCGGCCAGUUCCGGUUUCAAAAGUUGCGAUUCUCACUCUGAGCAAGACGCUCGUCUCAGCCCGGACUCGCUGUGUGACACACGGACACUAACGGACGAAUGCUUCGAACUACCGCUACCGCAGGAGUGCUCCGCGCUGGAUUCCUCUCGAAUAUUGGAAAUGGUGAAACGAAGGAUCGACUCCAAAAUGCCCCCGAUGGGCUGUGUGUUCAAUGCGGCCAAAGUGGUAGACCCGGAUGGCGGUCAGCACAGUCGAGCAGAUCUAGAUACCGCCACGUUGGGCGGGACUGGAACAGGCGAUAGUUCAAAUCUCAGCUUGGAAUAUUCCGGCGGGCUACAGAUCGAGCUGCAAGUAUUCGAAGGACGCAUCAAGGAUAGUCACAGUGGAAAGGGUAUCAAGCUGCGUCGCAUUUCCGGCGAUCAGAAUGAGUACGGAAAGCUGUGCCAGCAGCUGAUCACUUCGCUUACCGUUUGAAAGCGGCACAGCCAGCUGACGGUUUAGUACGGAAGUCGGUUUUGAGUGCAUUAUGUGAAACUAAUGGUGGGGUAAAGUUGGUCGAACUUUUCGUUUUGGCUUGUUGGGUUGGAUUUGUUGUGCAGUCAUGGUUUACUCCAUCCUUCCAAGUGCUAUCAAUAUUAUUUUUAAACAGUGUUUUAGAUAUCUAGGUAUCUGUGUUUCAUGGAAUGUUAAAAGGGUGUGAGCUUACCCGUUGAGUGAACGCUGCCUUUAUAAGUUUCUGGGAGCUCUGCGAAAUAGGAAUCCUUUCUGUGUUCCGUUCUGAAGGCAAUGUAAGGCAGUUGUGUUGUUGUCGGAGAAAAUAGCUAAGCAGGCAGUCAACCACUGUUCCAGGAUUUUCGUGACACAGCUGGUCAACGAAAUGGUUCGAAACCCUGCUGUCUGGUCACCUUGUUCGUUUUGUUUUGGGAUUAGAAACAUUAGACUAUGCCCCCAGUUCGGCAGCAUAGUUCUUUAGGAACAUUCAGUAUUCAACAAUCGGUGUCGGCAGUUUUUAACAAGAUUCUAGAUUAUAGGGUUGCUCCGCCUCAUCUACUCUGACCAAGCUAGAGCUCCUAGCUCCAGUUAGUGAAACGCGAUAAAGAUAGUAAAUAGUUUCGGACCGCGACUCCUUUGAGUAUUUUGUGCUUCUUUAUAACGUUGAUGAAGUAUUCGUCGGUGGCAGAACAGUCCUUCAAAAAUUUUGCGAGAUUGCUUCCCAGUUGCCCUCGAGGCACGGCACUUGUCUAAUAGGACAGUCGUCGUCUGUUCAAACCUCGACUAUUAGAGUAAAUAUUAGAGUCAAUGGGUAAAUAUAACGAGAACCCCAAUUGUCUUGUACAUUAAUAGUUGGGAACGAAGUCUGUAGAAUGAAUCAAAUGGAACUCUGGAAGCGGAAUGUAGAUUCUGAUGUAGAUUUACAUUAACUCUUUUCCAUAGUACCGCCAACCAAUGGUCCUCUUGGAUUUCCUCAUGGUUCCGCUCGUUCUACUAAGGAUUUCCUCCGAUGUACCGUUCGGUGACUUCAUCUUUCUGUAGAUGAUCGAUUGGGAGGCGUUUGGCCACCCUCAUGGCCUUUCGCCGUUCUUUCACUAUCUUAUGAAUGUCUUCCUCCCUGAUCUUGCUCCGGCUUUUGGAACGACAAUGUUGGUGGUGGCUAGGAUGGGGUCCGUCGACUCCAGUACACUGUAUAGCUCACGAUCCCCUUAAGAAUUUCCUUUAAGAAUGAGAGCGCAUUACAAAGAGGCCAAGGCCAGUCAUCUCUAUCAUGAACUUCUGGUCACUUCUAUGGUUUUGUCUCUAGUGACAAUGAUAAGGAAGUAAUCGCUAACAUAUGCAUUAAAAAACUACAAAAGGUAAUGUAACAAUUUUUCCCAAGUCCCAAGCUUAUUAAGCCUACUAUAAAAGUACGGCGACAACCUGCCGGGUGGGUGGCCUUUCGGAAUUUGACCAGAACAGUUAGCCAUGGCCGAUGGAUGGAUAUCGGUAUGUUCAUCAGCUCUUUCGUGAUCUUAGCGAUUAGCUGCUUUUUCGUUUUGGCUCCGAAAUUAUUGGAGUAGAUCCUCCGUUUGAAGUUCGUCCAAAAUAUUCUAUCGAUCACAGCUAGAUAAUGUUAGGAAGGAUAGCGGUCUUCAGUACGUUUAUCUUCAGUGAUUUCUUAGCAUAAUCGACCGAGACUAGGUCCGGCCAAAAAACCAUAUCCUCUUUCAUGUGAAACUUCUUAUAGAAGGCGGCACCUUGUGGCAGGUAUUUUGUACUGUAUAUCUCCCUGUUCACCGUAAGCUCCCAAGGAAAGAACAAUGUCUUCGUUAUUCCCUUCUCGUUGAUCGUCACCCACAGAAGAACCUUCGUCGUGAACGUGGUGAGAGAUAUUUUUGACGUCAUCGCUUACCAACUUUGCGGGGACGUAAAGUGUCCGAUCGCCUGCCGGUCAUUGCCAUCCAGCGUCCAGUACGUCUCGUCAUCUGUUAUGACCACAACGUCGCGCUUCUCGUCGCGGCCGGCCUCGACUGACGCUUAUGCAUUUCUUAACCGUUUUACCGGUUAUUCCAAGCUUCCAGUCCAGCCCAA